AUGGAGCUGAGCAACUGUGCUGGUGGGGAGGGAGAGGAAAAUUAUGUGAAAUGCUCAAAGCCAGUGCAGUCAAGGAGAAACAAAAGAAUCAUGUAAGUAAAAUGGUGGUUUGCCAGUGACAUAGUUUGCCUUCUGUGCCAGCUUGUCAGAUGCAACCAGAGCACACCUUCAUCCCUCCUUCCUCUACCAUCACUGCAGCUCCUGUGGCUCCACACCCUUCAGAAUUGGAGGUGCAGGAUGCAGCAGCCUAAGAGUUAUGCUGAUCCUGUCCAGGAGUGGGAUGUUGUGGAGGGGUUCACACGGCAGAGCCAAGGCAUCCCAUUUGGAGCUGCCACAUGCUAUGUACAUCUAGAGAAGCUGUUUUAAGGAUCCUGUGCAACUGUGUACAAGGGGAUCAGCAGGACCAAUUGCCAGUUGGUGGCAUUGGAAGUGACCAAUAUGGAGGCAGAAGAGGGAGUAUCCUAUACAGCCAUUCUGGAUGCUUCUCUCCUCAAGCGUUUGAAACAUGCCAACAUUGUACUGCUUCAGGACAUUAUCCAGACCAAGAAGACACUAACAUUUGUCUUUGAGUACAUGCACACAGAUCUAGCACAGUAUAUGGGCCAACACCGUGGAGGACUUAAUUUGUGCAAUGUUAUGCUCUUUAUGUUUUAGCUUUUGUGUGGCCUGGCUUACAGCCACCAACAACACAUUCUUCACCAUGAUCUGAAACCCCAGAACCUGCUCAUCAGUUGUCGUGAGCUCAAAUUAGCUGAAUUUGAUUAG